AUGUCCACCACGGAAACGGUGACCGUCCGCAUGAGUCGCAGCGACCCGUCGACCAUCUGGGGUUUCCGGUUGCACGGCGGCAAGGAGUUCAGCACGCCGCUGGUCAUCAGCAAGGUGACUGAACGCAGCCUGUCCGAACGAGCCGGCCUGAAGGAAGGCGACCAAGUGGUGAGCAUCUCCGGUCGCAGUGCCGCGUCCAUGUUCCACAAGGAAGCGCAGGAAGCGAUCUUCGCGUGCGGGGACAACGUCGAAUUGGUCGUUCAGAGGUACUGA